UCUCUGACACCUGGGGCAAAUUGGCCACCUGGAGCACUAAUUCUCGUGACGUCCUAGUGAGCAUGAGGGGUCUUGCCCCCUUAAUGCAUUUCCUGGGCCAGCCCGGGGCAGACACACAGGAGAUGCCCCCUCAGCCAGUGCCAAGUGAGCAGGAUGGAGCAAUAACCACGUGGCGGGCUUGAUUUCUUUCAAACCCACAGGCCUCCGCAUUUGUUCCAGAGCUGCCAGGCAGCCCGUGUCCAUGUUCCACGUGCUGCUUGGGCUGUGUGUUCCUAUCUGAGCCUCAGAAAAACUCUGCAGGACCAUCUUACGUCGUGCACUUGUAAACGUGGUAGCCCUCGGAAGCAAAGGGACUCGCCCACGUCAGGCCUGGAACCCCACGGGGCUUCUACCGCAGUCGGACCCUUUGGGUCCUUGCGCGCGUCCCAGCGACACCUGCCUGGGCUUAUGCCGGUCGCUCCCCUUCCUGCAUUUGUUAGGUGGGAAAAUGAAAGAUGCCAAAGGCCAAAUUCAUCCCCCUGGUGGUGACUCCUGAGAAGACAGUUUCCCUUUCAGAAGCCUCGGGUAGCCCUUAGGACCGGGGAACAGGGCAAAGCAAAAAUAAAACAAAACCAAAACGUUGCCCCAUAUCCUGUUCAGACUAGAAGAAACCGCCACGUUUCCUGUUGGCGCCCCCGCCCCUUCCGCGGACUCUGCCUCCUCCUUCCCCGGAGGCCCGGCGGCCGCCAGCGGGGAGGAGGCAGAGCAUGGACUCCCCGGAGCUGGGCUUUGCUCCCUUCACGCAGCGCCGGCGGACCUGGACGCCAGGGGGGAGGAGAAUAAAGGACUGGUCCUGCUCACUCCUCGUGGCCUCUCUUGUGGGCGCCCUCGGCUCCUCGUUCCUCUACGGGUACAACCUCUCGGUGGUGAACGCCCCCACUCCGUACAUCAAGGCCUUUUACAAUGAAUCGUGGGAACGAAGGCAUGGACGUCCAAUAGACCCGGAUAUGCUGACUCUGCUCUGGUCGGUGACAGUGUCCAUAUUCGCCAUCGGUGGACUUGUGGGGACGUUGAUGGUGAAGAUGAUCGGAAAGGUUCUUGGGAGGCAUUGGCCUCAGCGCGCUCCCCAUGUACCUGAGCGAGAUCGCGCCCAAGGAGAUCCGCGGCUCCCUGGGGCAGGUGACCGCCAUCUUCAUCUGCAUCGGUGUGUUUGCCGGGCAGCUGCUGGGCCUGCCCGAGCUGCUGGGAAAGCCUUCCGAACUUUCUUGGGGAAAGAGGAUGUCUCCCAAGAGGUGGAGGAGGUCCUGGCCGAGAGCCGUGUGCAGAGGAACAUCCGCCUGGCGUCGGUGCUGGAGCUGCUCAGGAGCCCCUUCGUCCGCUGGCAGGUCAUCACUGUGGUCAUCACCAUGGCCUGCUACCAGCUCUGUGGUCUCAAUGCGAUUUGGUUCUAUACCAACAGUAUCUUUGGAAAAGCUGGGAUUCCUCCAGAGAAGAUCCCAUACAUCACCUUGAGCACUGGGGGCAUUGAGACUUUGGCUGCCGUCUUCUCUGACCAGGCCCCCUGGAUCCCUUACCUGAGUAUCGUGUGCAUUCUGGCCGUCAUCGCCUCCUUCUGCAGCGGGCCAGGUGGCAUUCCCUUCAUCCUGACCGGGGAGUUUUUCCAGCAAUCCCAGCGGCCGGCUGCCUUCAUCGUCGCGGGCUCUGUCAACUGGCUCUCCAACUUUGCUGUCGGGCUCCUCUUCCCAUUCAUUCAGAUCCCACAAACGGGAGGGGGCAUGGAAGGUGUUUUUGCAGAGCAAUUUCCUGGAGACUGAGAACACCCUGAAGGACGUGCGUCAUGGGGCUCUCUGGGAGUCUGCCUCUUGCCCUCAGUUCCACCUUGGCUCUUGCUGGUAUUUUCUGUCCAUCCGAAGGACCAAGAGUUCCCAUGUGCUCCCGCUUAUUCUGCGCCCAGGAGAAAUCCAAACGAGUCACGACUGAGAGCCCGGGACACAGAGGCCUGCUCUUCCUCUGGGGGGAGCCAUGUGGGCUGCUGCGAGGCGGCCAGUGUUUCUGACACUGGCUCUUUCGCCACGGCAUCACUGUAGCGCCCACUGUACGCCGGCCACUCACAUACUUUCCCUUUAGGCAUCGCAGAAUGGUUAUUAGUCUCUCCACUUUCCAGGAUGGAAUAUCCAGGCCCAGAAACACUAAGCAGCGAGCUCAAAACCACACAUAUUGUAAAUGAUUGUCUGAAUUAGAACUGGAGACCCAGAUUUCCAAGUUCCCCCCUUAUUCAUAACUGACCUCAACAGUUAACUUGUUUAAUCCUCAAGUUUUUCCAUCUGCAACAUGGAACAGUUAGAUUAGAAAAUCUCCAAGAUUAGAAAAUCUUUAGCUCUGGGGCUCUUUGUCCCUUCAAGAUAAGAGCAGCGGAAUUCCUUUGCCCUUUGCCCUUUGCACCUUCCAAUUCACAAGGCCCUUCAUUACAUCCGAUGGUGGCAGUCAGAAGCCUUUCAUGAAAUGGAGAGAUCUGACAGCCUUGAGAGGGAGGAAACAGCCCUUCUUUACAUAAUGAUUCCCACUAUGAUGUGCUUAUAAAUAACCAGCAAAGGGAAUUAGGCUUCUCAGCAGGCCCUGAUUGCCGUGGGUGUUGGAAUAUAUGACCGUGACUCUGCAAAUGCUCUAGACUGAGGGGGUCGGAUUCAGCUGCACCAGGUGCUUUGCGUAAGUUGAGUUUUUGGGUUAGUGGCUACGCCAGCUGAUUGAACAAAUGGAACAUGACCUUCACAACAUCGUGAUUACUUCUCAGAAGAUAAAAGACAAUGGUAUUCCACAGCCCGUGUUCACUGAGGUCCCCAGGGAGUUCCAGCUACUUCCUCUGUGCCCGCAUCCCUGCAGUCCUCUGUGCUUGGGCACACCAGACGCAUCCUGGCUAAAAUCCCUCCACAGAACCCGAGAGGGGUAGGGACAAAAACUAAUCUCAUCUUUCCUCCUCCGUGGACUCCGCAGCUUCUAUUGGUGCAGCCACUCAUCCACGCACCCACACACUUCCUCAGCCCCCGCUCAGCGCCAGCCCCUGGGCUGAACUCUGGGGACUGCAGAGAUGAAAAUGGAGAAUUUGGGCUCUCUGUGAGCACUGGUGCCUAGGAUAUCUACCUGACCAUAUACACAGUGUUUGAGAAAAAUGGGGAAAGUGCCUGCAGCAAAGCACCCAGCACUGUGCACAGCAAAGCAGGGAUUCUAACCUAGCAACCUGACUCGAGACCCUGAGUGUCACGGCCCCACCGCCAACUGCCUCCUGCAAUGAGCUGACGAGCUAAUAAAUUCAUCUGUGGUCAGUGCUAGGCUUAACCCUGAACCCCAGCUGUGCAGUUUCUACUGCUGCUGCCCUUCCUGGGCAGACACCCCCUCCCACCAGGCUCUAUUCCCAGACCUGUAAUGGGGUCUCCUCCUGAGGACAGAGUUCCUGUAUGCUCCCCCCCCACCCCCCCUCCCCAGAUCCUCAAGAAUAGAUUCUGCUGCUUCAGUUCUCAGAUCACCUACUGGGAAACUCCCAUGCCACCUGCUGGAUUGCUGGCCAUCUGCCUUACCCCCCGAAUUCCCAGAAUCAGUCUCUGGAACUGCCCAAUUUUCAAGGCAUCAGGUCUACUUAAACAGCCAGUCAAUGGCUAUAUUGGUCAAGGUUCUCCAGAAAAGCAGAACAAAUAGGACAUUGCAACAUAUAUGCAUGAGAAGAGAUCUGUGAUAAGGAACUUGUUCAUGAUAUUAUGGAGGCUGACGAGUCCCAAGGUCUGCAGUCAGCAAGCUGGAGACAGGCAGGAGACCCCAGAAGAGCCAGUGUUUGAUUCCGAGCCCAAAGGCCAACAAAGACCGCUGCCUCGGCCCCGCGUGCAGGCAGGACGGACUCCCUCUUACUCGGCCUUCGGUUCUGCUCAGGUCUCCAACUGAUGGGACGAGACCCACCCUCACUGGCAGGGCAAUCUGCUCUCCUGAGCCCAGUGCCAAUCUCAUCCAAAAACAGCCUCACAGACACACCCAGAGUAAUGGGUGACUGCAUACCCACCCGGGAACUCUUUGUAUCAAGGUGACACCUAAAAUUAACUAUCAUAGAGACCAAGAGAAAAGAAAGUAUGUAAGAAUUUUUGUAACAGUUUUACUCUGAAGAGCCCAAAAUUGAAAAUACCCCACUGUCCAUAAACAUGAAAAUGGGAAAGCAAACUGGUUAUUCACACGAUUGAAUACAGCUCAGCAUUCAAGAGGAACAAACUUCUGAAACAUGGAUAAAUCUCAGAAACACUGUGCUAAGACUACAUAUUAGAUAAUUCCACUAAUAAUGACAUUCUAUACAGGCAAAAACUAUUUGUAGUUGGAAAAAAAACAGUGGUUGCCUCUGAGGUGUGGGGUGAGGACUGUCUGAAAAGACACAAGAAGGAAAUUUCUGGGGUGACAAUGAUGUUCCAGGUAUAUGUUUUUCAAAACUCAGGAAAUACAUACUUAACAUAUGUAUAUAUUAUAUGCUUAUAUAUAAUAUAUAUACUUAAUGUACAAUAUAUAUUAUAUAAUAUAUAUUUCAUUGUUUGUAAAUUUUCCAUCAAAGGAAAAAUUAUGUCCUCUGAACACAAUUAGACCAUUAAUUCCUGAAAGCAAAGACGCAGUAUAUGGCACAUGUAUGAAGUGCCAUGACCUGUGCUCAGUGUUCUGGGAAGCAGGGGUUACCACCAGGGUCAGAUAUGAAAACAAAGGGUCAGAGAGCAAAGGGACUUGCUCAGGGUAACAUAGCUAAUGAGAAGCUGAGCCAAAAUUCAAACCCCAACCUUCUGCUGCUUCUAGACACUAUAAUAUAACUUCUGCCUGGAUUUUAAAAACUUUCAGCCAGUACCUAACUAGUUCAUGAAACUUCAACAAGGAGACAUGGGCUGUUGGAUUCAGCGCUGCUAUUAAGACCCAAGCAACCUGCUGCUCACUGUGACAGAUGUCACCAAGGACCGGAGGUCCCCAUCCAUGCAGUGGGCUUUCUUCUUUCCAGACCCUGGAGCCUAAAUAAACCCAUAUUUUUUUACCCUACCAUUUUGACCCUGAGUGUUUUAUUCCCAUUACUAGUUUGACCCCAUUAUUUCUCUUUGCUGCAGCCACAGUACAAAAAAUCAACCCAAAAUAUUCAACCUUACAGGCAGUAUUUGAAAGAAUUGAGUUAGCAGUAUAAUUGGCCACUCCAGGCCACUCAUGUCUGAAGAGACUUGCUCAGAAAUUUCUCAUGGAUCAGCUAAAUGUAAAUCCAAAUUAUUAGUGUUUAAUCUGAUUGAUGAUGAAUAUUACUGAUAUAAAUCAUCAAUAAAAAACAAAACUAGCAAUCGCAGAAUUAAAUGGUAAGCUGCUAAAAGUAACCCUUCCCCUACAAACAGAAAACAAAAUUGCAAAAGAUAUAAAUGAAAUGUGAUAUGGAGAAAAGAAACUGAUCAAUAAGUCAAUCUUCACUGUGAAGUUUUCCAAGGAAACGAUUUCAUCAAAGAAAUGUAGUAAAAUUGUAAAAAAUAAAAUGGGAAGUAAGACUAUAAAUGUCUUGAUUGCAUCAAAGAGAAAAAUUAUCAUGCAUUUAAUUUGUUGAGUGCAAUAUACUCUGGAAAACACUGGCAGGGGAAAAAUCUGUCAAAACUGACAUACUGAUGUUUAGAAUGUUUGUCCAGAGCCAAAAUAUCUUAGGUUUCAAAUGUCAGGUGAACACCAGUUCACCUCUCACGCUGUUGCUUACUUCCUGUAUUGCUUUUUCCUUCCCUUCUCACAGGCCCUCAAGUUACAAACUUUCCAAGGACUAGUUUAAAUGCUACCUUAGUUGCGCCCUGUUUCCCGAUGUUGCCUCUAAACAGGAGCUCACCAUCUCUGAACUCCUCUGCACCUUCUCUCACCUCUCUUGAAGCACCAAGGAUGUCCACCCGUGUCACCGUUACAGGACUGGAUCAAUCCACCUUCCCCCUGGACCCUGCACAGUCUGUAUCCCACCUGCCUCUGCGAUCCCAGGGCCCAGCUCAGAACCCCAGCACCUGGGAGCUGGUCAACAUAUUACAGAGGAACGAGCGGGUGGAUGAAGUGCUGGCAUGGAUCACCGAGGUCACCUGCCCCCAUCCUAGAGAAGACUUCCCUUAUGUGUGAAUAAAAUCACUGAUGCCCUGUCAAAAGAUUCCUGGACCAUGAGAACAGGAGAGACAGAUGUUGCUGGGGACUGAGGAUCCAUCUCAGUGGAUGGAACUCUUUCCCCAGCGUGACACAUAUUCUACUGAGGCAUCUGGUCAACCCCCUUCAUGUUAUUCCUUUUCACCUUCUGCUUCAAGUGAACCAGGACCCCUACGUUCAUUAGAACCACAGGCCAAGCCAGCUCGAGAAAGACAUGACUGUGGGAGAUGGGAGCCAUCUGGGAACAGCUACAGAUGACAAUGGGAAGGCCAGAAAAAUUCUCUUAGUAACCACAAACAGUUAUUAAACAGGCUGCUCAAGAAAAGACAGAAAAAUGUUGUCUCUGGAUGGGAUAGUUGAGGGUCCUCCCUGGCCCCCAGGACUCACACUGAAGGGAGCAUGAGCCAUGCAGCCGUGAGAGGAAAGGCGUUUGGUGGGCAGAGCGGGCUCCGGAGUCUAACUGCCUGGGUCUGAAUCUCAGGUCUGCCACAUUUGCUAUGUGACCCUGAGCAACUCACUUAACCUCCCUAUCCUUUAGUUUUGUCAUUUGUUGAGUGGUGGUAUUAAUUGUAUCUACCUUCAGAUUCACGGUGAACGUUUGUGGAUAAAAUGAGAGUUCCUGUGGCCAGGAUUCUCACCUGGCCCUGGUUGACCAGCUCACUGCACACCUGUGGGCAGUACACGGCUGUUGACUCUAUAUAGAGAGCU